AUGAGAAUAGACCUUAAGGCUGGUGCCAUGGCUUCUGGCGAUGUCGUUUGGGACGCCGUUUGGGACGCCGUUUGGGACGCCGUUUGGGACGCCGUUUGGGACGCCGUUUGGGAUGCUGCUUGGGAUGCUGUUAGGGAUGCUGUUAGGGACGCUGAAACGUCUAUUUUGUCAUCCCUCUCUCUAUGCUUGGAGGAUUUAUAG